AUCCAAUAGUGUCAUUUAAAAGUACAACAAAAAUAAACAGCUCACUAGCCUACAAUUUACAUAGUCAUACUUUACUUCCUAAAAGUAUGCUUAGUCUAAACAAAAUAUUAUGUAAGUGAGUACUUCCACUGGAGAGGAAAGGUGUCAUAGUAUUUCCACCACUGAUUUAGAGAACAGAAAAACUAGUAUCAGAGGCAUGAGGUGGAGCCGCCUGAGGGAUCCCGUGUAUUGCUCUCAGGAGGAAACUCUCACCAAAUAUGGUUAAUGACGUCAUGGCACGUGAUGAGUUCGUGAGCGAUUCCAGACUGCACUACUUCCCGUAACUACAGGGGGGUGUGGCGAGCCUGUAGUCGCGCUUUAAGAGUUUACAGUUUCACAAUCGUUCCCAGACUUUAGCUUCUACAUGUGUGACAAAAAACCAGAGGAUAAACUGAAGAUCAUUGCCGGCAGGUCUACCGCGACUUGAAAAAGGCGACACUAUCUUUUUCUUCCUUAUCCCCCCUUAACGACAUACUAGUUUGGAUUAUACCCGUUUACCGCAAUAAGGUGGGCUUACCCUCAGACCGAAUCGACACACGAGACUCUUGAAAGAUACUGCGUAAAGCCCCAACUGUGUAGAGUUUUCAUUUGAAUAGAAAGGAUGUAUCGAAACUUUGGGAGUCAAGAACGAGGCAACCCCCCGUACACAAGCAGCGGCUCUGGGUCCCUGGGAAGCACCAGCACCUCAACUACACAACCGGAGCAGAAAUUUACAAUGGCAGGCAGUAGUCAUUUUGUACCAAGCCUCAAUGCCAUCACAACCAACCAGGACCUCCAGUGGUUGGUUCAGCCCUCUCUCAUGCAUCCUCCAGGCCCUUCAAGAUCACCAGUACCUCCUUACCCCACUGUCUCAGGGGUACGGCCUCUGGGUCAACCACCUUCCCAGUCCCAUAUGCUCAGACGAGGUGUCAUAAGAGCGGCUGCUAACACUACAGCUUCGGUGAGGCACAGGAACGAUGAACAGUUAUCCCAGGAAGAGUUGGAGAGACGCAGAAUAAGAAGGGAGCGGAAUAAAUUGGCAGCAGCAAAAUGUCGCAAUCGCCGCCGGGAGCUGACAGACUCGCUGCAAAGUGAGACCGACCAGCUGGAGGAUGAAAAGUCCCGUCUACAGAAGGAAAUAGCUGAGUUACAAAAGCAGAAAGACAAGCUUGAGCUGGUUCUGGAAGCUCACCGUCCCAUUUGUAAAAUAGAGGACUCUGAUUCAGAUUCUGACCCAAACCCAUCAAUUUCCUCUUUGGGAGGCAUCAAAAUGGAGCCAGAGGACUGCAGCAGACCUGGACCCUCAACCAAACUGCCAAGAAAGAUGGAGAAACCCAAACCAAAGAUAACUAUCCCCACCAGGCCUGCGACAUCGACUCCCUCUACUGUUACCACCGAGUCAGAGUCACUUCACACCCCGGUUCUCACAUCUACUCCGUCUUUCACACCUUUUACGUCUGGUAUGGUUUUCACCUAUCCCUCAACCUCUUUAGACAACAGCACCUCGGUCACAUCUCAUGCUGCAUCACAUCAGGGAAAUGUCCAACAGUCUCAAGCUGCUCAGCCUUGUGGGAUAGCUCAUCGCCGCAGCAGCAGCAGUGGUGACCAGUCAGAUCACUCCUUGCAUUCUCCGACCAUCCUCACGCUGUGAUUGACCGCCCUGUCAUCCUGGCAAAACACUAACAUUCAUUUUGGUGCAGUGAUAAUGUGUGUGACACAAAGGAUGUGUGGGGAACAUGACAGACCUGAAAGUGAAGGUUGUAAUAACCAUUUCAAAAUGAGCUACCAGCUUCAUUUCAUCUGUUUAGAAAGUAGAUCCUGUACUUUUGUAACAUGCAAAUUUGUGGCAUUAUCAGGAUACGAAUGUUACACUCUUUUUUGAUAGAAAUAGACAGACUUUAUAUUUCUAAUUUUUGAUUAAAUCAGUGUGUUUGAGGUUUAUUAUGAAAGAGUUGCAUGCAGAAUAUAUUCUCUAAAGAACUGUACGAUCUUUCUAGAAAAGGUGAUCUAUAUAUCUAAUGACAUAUCAAUUGUGAUAAGUCAGCAUAUUGUUGCAUUUAAUGACUUAUUACACUGUUACAUCAUUCUUUGUAACACCUUAUGCACUCAAUAAGGGAAACUAAGUACCUACAAAUAAAUGGGCUGUAAUUUUGGAUGACUCUAUAAAGAGUAUUGUCUAUGCAUGUUAUUGACCACUAAGGCUGGGCCAUAGGAGUUAAUACAGAUUAAUCAUAUUUAUUUUUGAGAGUGUAAUAUAUUUUUGAUAUUUUCUUUUCUGACAAAUUAACUUUUGGUGGGCAGUGCCUUACUUUUAUCUUUUGUCAAAGCUACUUUACAGACAAUAAAGAACAAAUGUUCAUAACUGUGUGGAAAUUGUGAUGAUGUAAUAUUUGUAAAGCACAAAACUAUGACAAUAGAAUGAUGUGAUUAGACUGAAAUGUAUCUCAAAAACAACACAAUCAGAUUCAGUUGAAUGUGAAUCAUGUUAAAGUUUGCAAACAAAAAAACUGACAUUUUGUCAAACACUGAGACACCAGAAUAACCCAAAUACAGUAGGAAUAAAAUGUGUAGAUGAUCAAAUGAUUAGCUUUGGUUCAUGAUUAAUCAUUUCAUGCAUUUAUUCAAGCAAAAUUGUUAAAUGUGCUCUGGUAGCAGCUUCUCCAACGUGAAGAUUAUCUGUUUUUUAAUGUUUUAUAUCAAUAUAAACUAAAUAUUUUUGGGGUUUGGACUGUUGGUUAGAAAAAAGUUGAAAUUUGAGCACAUAGCCUUUAACUCUGGGGAAUUAUAAUGGACUUAUUUUGAGAAUUUACAUAUUAAAUGAUGAACUAAGCUGCAGUCCUUUUACUGACAUUCAGGAAAAAGGUUUGCUGGCUGCAGUAUACUCCAAACGCCUCCUAUGUUUUUCCACUGUGAACACUAUGUUCUCUGUUACUCUAGUUCUUCUAAAUGAAAUGAAUCUUUUGCUAAUACAUACAUGGCUCAGAAAGCAUUGGCUCACUCUGCCAAAAUGGGGUUAGAGAGAAAGCCAGAGAUAGAAAGAGUUAGAUUGAGAACUAGCUAGCAUGAGGGAAAGAAAAUAAUCAGUAUAUAUGUGGCUGUCAAAAGACAUUGGUGCAUCACCAAGUGGGUAAAAGCAUUACUGCCCUCUUCAGCUGCAAAUAGGUAUCCAAAAAUAAAACCGAUGAAAAUCCAUAAAGUCAGUCUAUAUGACAUGAAGGGGCCAUCAGUCAAAUGCAGUCUGUUCAGACAUGAAGGU